AUGAACGUUAUUGUGGCUCCAAAAUGGGACUGCGACUUAGAAAAGCAGAAACAAAAAGAGUUGGAAGAAGAUAAAGAUAAAUGCGGCACAAGAAAUUCGACGACAUUCGCUUCUGAAGGUGAUUCGAGUUUCUUGUUUCACCGUCGCAAAAAUGGAAGAGACCAAGAGCAAAUUGCAGCAGAAAUAGCGAAAGAUUUGAUGAAAUAUAAAACAUACAAUGAACAUUUCAAAAAAGCUAAAAAAUGUGGUUGUGGAUUACAAACUUGCCGGAAGAAGAACGGCGAUUUUGAUGUCGUUGAAUUCAAUUGCGAUUUCCGCAAAAAUUAG